GUUCGGGAUAAGAACGAGUAUGAUGAUGAUGAAAUGAUGAAAAUGACUGUGCUAUAACUGAAUGAGUGAUUGAAGCAGCAUUACUUUACACUGUGCUUUUAAACAGAUAUAGGUGUACAUCAUUAGUCCUACCGGGAUAAGUGGACAUUAUCUAAAACAGAUCAUGUGACGGUUGACUGUGCAGGACAAAGUCAUGGGACAUGAUAACACACUAGCUAAAGAGCCGCAGGAUGACAAGCCAACCACCAAUAUCAAAAAGGGAGCUUCUUCUAGCAGCUAUACCCAAACUACUGAUAACACCUCAUCAACAUGAGACAAGAAUCUUUUAAAGGUCCCCUUAAGACGACAAAGUAUCAGAUAUGGACUUAUAACAACUGUUUGAGAUCAACACUAGCAGUAUUUAUUGGAGAGAUAGAGCUCAGUCUGUUAUUUUUUCCAACCAUAGAGAUGACUAUACAGCAGUUUUAACAAGAGUCUUAGUUAAUGACUUAAAAUUAUGCAUCCUUUAGGCUUAGACCUACACCACUGUAUCACACCAGAUAUUAUAUUAAGGAUGUUUCCAAGACUAACAAUAAAUCAGAGUGCCUUGAACUUAUUUUUUUGUUUCCUCUAAAAGAUCUGCAAAAUCCCCUCAUCCUAUGCUGAGUUCUGUUUGCCUCCAUGUACUGUACUGUAUGAUGCUUUACCACAUAAACCAAUGGGUCAAACACAAGACUCGAUCCAUUAUACAGUGUGUGUCCUGUGUAGCUUUAGAUGUCUAAAAUAACUAAAUAUCCUAUCCUGGUCCUAAACCUUUGGUGUGAAAUAGUCACAGGAUGGCUUAGACACAACUUGGUGGAGUUUAGUACAUUAUUUGGACUGAACUUAUAGUAACUUUUAGCUCAAACAGGAUCAUUGGUGUUCUUUACUAAUCAUAAUUACAGUAUAGAAGAUGUUGUAUAAAGGCUUUCAUUAGAAAAAAAGGCCUAGAUUAUAGCAGCCAUAGCACAGAAAAGUAAGAAUUGCCAACUUGCUGAUCUGCUUUAACUCUUGGUACUGUGUCGAAUUUCUAUGAUCAGGGCACAUCUUGUCUGACUAACAUAACUGCAGGUGGCUUUUUUUUUUUGGCUCGAGCUCUCCCAUCGAUUCAUCAACAUGGUGAUGAGAGAUUUAUUAAAGACUUGUCUGUUGGUCUGACUUGUUUCAGAAUUUCAGAUUUUUAUACACAGUUCAUGAGACAGGUGAGGGAUGAGAUGAUUCAGAAGCUUCUGUCCAAUCUCUUUUAGUUCUAUUUUAGUUGGUGUGCCAGUAAAAAGUGCAACCACUAUACCAUCUUCAGAACAGCAAAAAUGGACUAAUGUAGCAGAGCACAACGUGAAAGAAUAGAUAGCAAGGUUAAACUCUCAUUCAACUAAAAGGAAGAUAUAAUGUCUAAAAAGCAAAGGCAUUCUUCCUCUCUGGGUUGUCUACCAACCAUUACAAUUUCAAGUGGAUAAUGUUGCUAUGGCAACAGCAACCUCUCAAAUUAAAGCUUUUAGAUGCAGCAGUAAAAGAGCCAUAGAAAUUAAGCACCAUUUUCAAACAAUGAAGUUGUAUCAGGAGUACUGAGGCUUUGACAUUUACAUUCAUGGGCAUUUGUCAACCUCAUAGUGAGUGUGAAUUAUGUUAAUGAAAUAGGGAAGUCUUGACUGUAUAGUUAGAGUAAAAUGAAUUGACUAUUAAAGAGAACUUCAAGCAGGACACAAAUACAUGCCUAUCCUCACAUCAAAACUCAAACUAGGAGGCUAAACAUGGAGAGGUUCACUAACUGCUUAACUGUGCUUUUGUCUUUACACUUUGCUAUGAAUAUGAACUAAACACUGAUAUAUAAUAAAAGAAAUGUAUUUCAUUAAGACCAAACUUUUUUAAGUUUUUAAGGUAUGGAAUAAAGUUAGAUACUGUUAUGAGACAAUAUUUUUGACUUUCUGACCAAAGAUGACAACAAACUACCACCAUCAGGAUCUGAGAUGUUAUGCAUACUGUUGAAGCCUGUUUUUAAUAAGUUGUCCUCUAUGAGGAAGCCUUGGGCUAAACUUAUGGAAACGUGAUGUUUUGAUUUGAGUCUAUCCAGGGUAACAUGCAGGAACGCGUGGCAAUCUCCAGUAAUAAGAAAAGUUCUGCAAGUACAAAAAACUGCAGUUCCUUGAGUGUCCACUAGAGGCUUGCUACAAGAAGCCCUGUAAAAUUCCAUAUGAAAAUUGCCAAUUUGACAGUCGAUGUCUGCAUGUUGGUUUUACUGAUGAUGCUUUGUUUUUCUGCUUGUUUUAAGUGGAAACAGGGCAUGCCCAAGGUAAGGUAGCUGACAAAGAGAUGAUUAGGGGAUCCAGUCUUUGAGUCAGGUUGGUCCUCUUGAGCCUCUAACACAACUCCUUAUAUCUCCCAAGAGGCUGCAUGAUGCAGGAGGAGGGAGUGGUGGGGUCAGGUUCAUCAGUGCUGGAGGGAGGAGAAUGAAGACAUGAGAGGGCACCUGGUUUAAUGUUUCUGGUUCCAGGGUGGUAGGAGAGGCUGUAAUUAAACUGACUUAGGAAGAGGGACCAACGGGCUUGACGGGGGUUGAGGUGUUUAGCUGAACGAAGGUAAGACAGUUUUUAGUAAUAAACUGAACCUCUGUUCCUUCCAUCCAGAACGUCCACUCUUGCAAAACCCACACAACUGCCAACAACCUUCUGUUUCCAACAUCAAGACACGACGUGAGAAGAAUGCACAAUUGUGGAGUUUAUUGGUUUUGGGUUGCAUUGAGAUAGGACAACUCCAAUUCCAGUAUUAGAAGCAUCUACUUCAACAAUGAACUGGAGAGCAGAAUCCAGGUGUUUGAGGAUGAGAGCACCAGUGAAGUGAACACUAGUAGCUUCAGGAGACCACUGGAAAGGGGAGCUUGUGGAGGUGAGACAAGUGUGGGGUGUGGCUACCUUGCUGUCACCUCUGAAGAACCGGCAAUAGAAGUUGACGAAGCCUAGAAGGUGUUAAAUUUCCUUCCUGGAGGUAGGGACUGACCAGUCAGUGACUGUAUCUUUGAUAGGUCCGGUUUGAGUUGACUUUUGGUAAUGAUGCAGCCCAGGAAAUUAACCAAGGUAAAGUGAAAUUCACAUUCUCAAGAAGACAUUGGAGGACCAGUCUGACGUGGAAGGUCCCUCUAAGAACAUCAGAUGAGGACAUCAUCAACGUAGAGAGAGAUGAACGGGUUGAGUAUGUCUCAUAGGACGUCAUUUAUUAGGGUCUGAAAAACAGCUGGAGCGUUGGUAAGUGUGAAGGGCACUGUUGAAGGUGGUUUUCUAUUAACCCCCUUCUCUGAUUCAGAUGAGAUAGUAGGCGUUGCAAAGAUCCAGCUUAGUGAAGCAGUGAAGAGACAGAAUAAAUACAACUAAGAUGUAUCUGAAGUUUCAGAGCGUUUCCCAUGUACUUGAAAACUGGCUUAUUAUGCUUCAGGAUAUAUCCUCUAAAAAAGUUUUAUAAAUCUCAGAUUAAAGUGACUUUGACUGAAUAAAUUUAGUCUUAUGUGCAGUAAACAUCUAUUUUUAAUGUGUGUGGGUGUGAGUGUGUGUAAGUGUGUGUGCCUGCAUGCAUGCACAUUUGUUGAGCAAUUGUUUGGCAGAUGUAUUUCAGGCACAUGGUUGGGCUCUGGGACCGACUCACAGUGAAGAGAUAAAGACAGAGAGAGGAAGACAGAGAGGGAGGGAGGAAAAGAGGGAGGGAGUCUUCCCAGUCAGUCUGAAUCUCUCUCUGCCUACACAGCCUCCCAACACAACCUCAGGCUCAGUAAUGUUGGAUACGCCGCAAGAGUGAGCUCUACCUUCUGCACACGCUCUGCUCUGCACCUGCUUGAGGACACACAUUUGGUGAGUAGACCUUUCUGAUAGCCUACUGUUGCUGUGUGCAUUUGCCUUCCUCACAUUAAUGUACAGAAUCUGUUUGAAGCUGACAGCUUUAAAUAGAUUCAUACUCUCAGCAGAUCAGAAGAUAUAAGGUACAGAGAUCCCUAUAUUGAUAGUUUCUACCAUUGAACAGUCACUAAAGGGUGACUUGUUGUUACAAGAGCUAAAAUGAGCCUCAAGAGUCUUCUGAUACUAUAAUCUUUUAACUCCUUUAAGCUGUCGGAGGCUUGUUGGAUCUCAGCAGGGGUCUGGCUUUAACUAACAAGCACUUUUACUCACUCGUGGACAAACGUACAAGUCUAUGUAUGAAAUAGUUAUUGAGAAGCUGUCAAAGUCACUGGAUGACAACUUAACAUAUCAUGCCGUUCUUCAGACAGUAUUCGCCACACAAAAAUAAAUGAAACAUAAAACAUGAAAAACUGAAAAACUGACAGUACAUAGACACUAAUGCACACCCACUUACAUGCUGUAUGUGUUCUGGGCUGCCAGCAGAGAAACAGUGUUCACCCUUUCCCUCCCACUCAUCCCAGUUGGAGCUGCAUUUUAGCACAUGUGGCAACAGGGAAGGAAAGAUGCUAAUGAGGUAGAGGACUCAUUUUCACACUUAUGUCAGGACCUGAAACCCUGCUUUUCUUUCUUUUCUUUUUCUUUUUUCUUUCAUUAUUAUUCAAAAAUCCCACAGGAAUGGAAAUGUUGCAGUGGCGUACUCUUAAUACUGACACAGAUACAUAUUUGAUUAAGAUGAUUUGUAUCUGCUUGUUAAAUCUUCAUCCAAAUAGUAAAGAGACUUUUUACAGACUUUGCUGGCUCUACACUAAAUCAGGGCAAGAGGUAGAUACAAAUCUUAAUACAUGGCAAUAUACAGUAGGUCCAAGUGUACUAGAUCAGAUGAAUAUAAGUAUAAAAUCAGAGUCAAAUCCAAGAUAAUUUAACAACACAACUAAUGUCUUCCUCCAUAAUCUCCAUAAAUGUUAAAAUUGAUUUCAAUUUUAGCAGGGAAAGAGGAGUAGGUUGUUUGUCCUUUAUCCAAUAGAGCACAUGUAUAUCACUUUGAUUAGCUUUUGAUCAGCAAACAUGCUUGUUAGUAGUAACUGCAUGUACUGUUCACCUGAGCACUGUUAAUCCAUCAGAGACAAGAUUAAGACUGAGGAGCAAGGAUUAGAAGUCAGAAGGGUCUUGGCUGGAUGGUCAGACAGGUAGUUAUUGGGGUCAUGUCAGUGGGACUUGAGUCUGGCAUGGAUUAUGCACUGAGAACUGAAAGUAAGACCUCUGGGGAUUGUAACCAAACUGCUGACAAAGUGCAAUAACACAGGAGUGUCAGUCAAGAUGAGUAUUUUAUUCCACUUGAGAAAGUCACUAAUCCUUUGCUGUAGGCUACAUUCUCAAAAGUAAGCAAGUGGCAUGCUUACGAAGAAGAGUCCGAAGUGAGCUAGAGGACAAAGCUCUCCGUUUGGUUCAUGCUUUAAGAGGCUUGAUGAAAGUGGAUCAUUGAGCUUGAUCUGAACCAAUUCAACCAGUGUCCACCUUUGUCUAUACAAGAGUGUGGGGUAGGCAGGUAGGAGGCUACCCUACAACAGAACACCACAACUGAGAAAAGUAGUAUUGAGUGUCUAGAGGCAUGACUUCAUAUCACGUCCAAUGGUAAUCUCUCUCUACAGUAUACCUGCACUCAACUGAGUGAAACACAAAGGUUCGACCAAUUAGGUUAGGUCAUGAAAAGCAGCUAAAAGACAUAGUCAUCAUCAUGACUUGACAUCAACAUGGUUGACAAAUAAACAAUGUGCCAAGCAGUCAAAGUAACAAAGGUUGGCCAUACACUAUACUACUUCAGAAACCAUGGGAGACCGCAUACAGUACAGUUCUGGUCAAAGCUUUACCUUAAAACCCUCUGGAAACACACUAGCCACUUCCAUAAGACUGCUAAACACACUGCACAUUUGUGGUGUUGGAUUCACAGUUGUGAUUCCACAGACAUGAGAUUUCAGAGAAACUUACAUGAUCAGACGUGACUUCAGAAGACCAGCAGACAUAAAGAUUGAUUGGCGUCAUCCGCUGGCUGUUCAGGCAUGUGUUGUGCCUGAAAAAAAAUGGAAAAAAAAAGAUUAAGUGUGAAAUCCUAGCUGAGGAGACACUUUACAGCUUGUUUGCAAGUUUGGGAGCUAAAAGAGUUUGUAAAAUCUGGUUGGGGGUGCUCCCUAGUCAGCCUGUCUUGCUUGUCAUUUUUGGUGUUUCAUCACGGGCAAACCUAGCACUGUAAAUAUCAAACAUGUUUUAAAUGUACAGUUCAAAGUCAGGGAGGUUGCAGCUCAGUCUUGAACAGCUAAAUAGUCUUUAUGACACCACACACAUGAUUAACUGUUCUAGUUGUUGGCUAUGACAAGGUUAGCUCUAAAGCUACACCUCCUUGAUCAUUGGAGAUGGCAAAUAAAUCCCUAAAUCAGAACUAAAAUCAUGGCUACGACAUGAAUUCCCCUGUAUGAUAUAGAUAUUAAACACUAAUUGGACUAUUCUUUGAAUUCAAAAUCCAAACGUGACUUUGUAAUUCUUUCUUACUGCAUCUUUUCUACACAUACAUAGUGCCAAAGCAAGAGUCAAAUAUGGCUGACUGCCUAUGCUGAAUACUCAAGCACUUUUCAGUACCUCUUUACUGUAGUUGAUACCCCAGCUCUUUCUUUAAAAACAACACAAAAGCUGGUAUAGAGGGGAAAAAAGGGUCCCUUAAUGUUUUGAAAAGUGCUUGUUCAGUUUAUCCAUGCCAGUUAAAGUCCAUUUGGCUCAGAGCACCAUACUUUCUUUUAAUCCAAAGCACUGCGGUGGUACUUGUGUGGGCUUACUUGGCUUUGUCCUCUAUGAGUACGUGCCCAUGGUAUGUAUCAGCGUUUUUCUCCUCUGGUAUAAUUAAUUCAGGUAUUGUUCCAAUUCAGCAUUUACCAGGAUUCCUGGCAUAAGACAAACUGAAAUAACAUUUUUUUUCCAUUUACUCCGAGCGAAAGAUUUAGCUGUGACUGACAGGUGUGAGAGUGUAUUCCCCACCAUCAGCUCUCUUUCAUAGAAGACACAUCACCUGCUUCAAACACACAUGCAAACCGUCAUGCACACAUUGUAAGGUUGGUCCAGCUGUGAGCCUGGCAUCAUCUCUAUUUUCAGCAGUGCGGGAUCAGACCUCCAUAGUGUCAACAGGUGGGCAAGCUAACCAUUGGGGAGCCUUGUCUUCUUCCUUUAUAGCUCUGUCACUCAAAUUUCAACCUCUAUUAAAUCCUCAUGUGACAAAAGCUGCUUUUGUUGUGACAUUUCGGUAUGAGUUCAGAAUAAGAAAGCAACAUUCUCAGUAUUUCUCAAGUACACGCUGACAUUCACGUAUCAAGUACUUUCUCUGUUGUGAAAUUAGCGAUGCACAUGUAUGAGCAUGUGUGGGUGAAGGGCAAAUUAAGUCGGUAUGUAUGUGGGUGUGUGAGUGGGCUGAGUGUAAAUGUGUAACAACAUAAGCGCCUACUGGUAUAGAGUAUGGGGGUAUUUACGGCAGGCUCAUACUGACAUGAGUGGGGUUCUUCACGCUCAGCUAACUACUGUAUAGACUCUGUGGACUGUCAAGGACUUUGAUCUUGUAUGUUCAACAUGUGAGUUCUUCACAAUUGUCCUGCAAUCAGUUUAAAAUUCAUCUAAUAGAUUCAAUAAUUCACCAAGUUAGUGCUUGACGGUGUGAGUCCGUGCAGGAAUGGUUGUGUAUCUCCAUUAGCUCCGUGAAGGGCUGGUAACUUGUUCAGGGAGUACCCCACACUUUAACCACUGAACAAUAUGCUGGCAUUACAUCCACAAUACCAAACAGGAGAAGAAGGAGAAUGUGUAAUAAUAAAUGACAUAAAUAUAGUGGGAAGGUCAAUGACAGUUCAACAUUAUCAUAAAAUGAUCACUGAAUUAUGUUGAUCCAUAAACUUUUUUAUCGUCAUGUUAUUUUCAAUGUUGACAUCAUUAAUAGUAGGAAAAUACUCUCUAAGUGUGACAGGGCUAAAUUAAUAUAAACAAAAUAAAUAAUAGUAACCUAUACGUGAAACAAAUGACUGUGUGAAUUUAGUAGAACUGAACCACAUUUUAUCAAUAAAGUCAACAAUGAUGAAAAAUCCAUAAAUGCUACUCAAUGGGAACCAUUUGGUUUUAAUCGAUGAACACUUACAUCGUAGACAGAUUGUGCCAAAUUGAUUACUUAAUUAAACAAAUUGUUUUAAAUCCAAGCUGAAGUAUUUAAAAUCUCUUCAGUUAUAUUUAGUGUCAUUUGUUGCCUUAAAUUUUUUUGAAAGUAGCCAGUGGUCAGACUUUUCUGAGAGUGGUUAGCCACAUGAAGUUAUAUCCAAACAAAGCCAAACUCCUGAGCCAACUGGAUCCACAGAGGCUGCCUUUUUGUCACAGCAGCUCCACGCAUUCCAAUUAGUUCAACAAGUAGAUGUUGAAAAUGCCAUACAUUUCACAUUGAUGAAGCUGGUUUGAAAUUCACCACCUUUUACUUGCUGAACAUGCAUUUCACAUUGAUGAAGCUGAUAUGAAGAUGACCCCACUAAUGAUUACAAGAGAUCUCAUUUCUUUAACAGUGUAUUCCCAGCAGCAAGCUACUACCCUACAGAUCAAGUAUUUAGCCAAUGCAGAGCUAAAUCUCCUAUAAGGGAUGUCUUUUUAUAGCAGUUCACAUCACAGAGAAGUUAUGAGCGGUUGAGCCGAUGAGAGACCGCAAUAUAACUCAGGGUGACAUCAUUGAAACAGAUUAAAGUUUGGAUCAAUAGAGGAUAAUGAAAAUGAUGUGAAGGACAAACGCUCUUACGAGUUGAGUCAAGCAAAAUAAGUUCUAGCUGUUCCCGUCUUUAUAAAUCCACGAUAAGCUGUCCAUCUGUGAAUUCCCAUAAGUGAGUCUUUUAGAUUUUUCUUUAGUUAUUAUACGUCAGUAUUUGAGAGCUGUGGGAAAUCUGAACACAUUUUUUCCUGAUAGAUAGCAGGGUGGAGAGUUUUUUGUUUUUUUUUUUUUUUUUUUUUCCCAACCACCACAUCGGUCACCUGUGAUGUGCUGCUUGUCUUCUACCAGCUUUAUAAUACUGUCUCUGCUUGUGAUAUUCCCAGGUGCAAUAACAGCUUGUAUCUGUUAAGUUUCUAUUCGUACAAGCGACACAGCUGACAGGUAAAUGGUAAAAAGUUGCUCAAUCUUGCUUGACUUUUUUAUGUUUGAGUGCAAAAUUUUUUAUGAUGGUUUGAUAUAAAGUUUGGACCAUUUUCUAGCUAAAACACAAACAACCACUCCUAAAUUUCAACUAAAACGCAGACAAAGAUGUAUUUUUUUCCCAGCAGAGGUUGAGGUUGCAACUCUAUCAUAGUCAUUGUUUGUUCCCAAGUUCAGAAGGUCCUUUUGGGGGCCAGUAUCUUCAAAUGACCGUUUGGUCAGUUCAAAAUAGGUCAGAGGUCCCCCCUCUGAUGUCUUAUUUGAACUGCCUAGAUACUGAGGGUUUGUGCUUUCUCACAUGUGCAGUCCUGCCAGAGCUAAGCCAUGUGCUCACAACUGAUGUGUUAACAAGACAGUGAAAAGAGUCUGGGGUUUAUUUAUAACCCUGAAACAUUAAAUCCCAUCUCGAUAAAGUUGCUCACUCAAGUGGUGAGCAGAUGAACUGAGGCUUUUUUUUUAAAUUUAUUUUAAUUGAUUAAUUCUUGCUUUUCAUUUACAAGUUUAUUACAAGUUUAAAGCAUGGUGGAUGUAACUCUCAGCUAUAGUCCCGUCUGAUGCUGACACAGAAUAAUGAUGGACUGUAAAAGGGUGACAGCAUGCCACCCAUUUGUAAUCAUGUGUCAUUAUUCUGCUGAAGCAAUCAUGACUCAAAAUUAGAAAGUUGUUGUCAGCACAUUUUUAAGUUCUUCAACACUUCACCAACUAAAGCAACCACAGCAGGUUUAUACUGCAAAAGGACAGGAGGGAUUUUUCAGAAAAAAACUUAAGUAUGGCUUUAUAAGGGAAGUCAUCUCAGCCUUCUUAGUGGCUUUUAUCACCGCUAGAUACAAGUCUGUUUUUUUCCAUGUAACUUCAUAAUUUCCCUUGUCUUUUGUUUUUAUAGCACCCCCCUUUUUCUGCACCCUUUGUAGCUUCAUUUGACUGCUUUCUUGCUACUCUUCCCACAGCACAUUAUAACAGUCUGCCUUGCUGCAUCCUCGCUCACGUGGCUGUGGAUGUGAACACAUGCUCUCUUUUUUAAACUGAACUGCUAGAGCUUGCUGUUUGCUUUAUGCCUUGGGUCAGGUGGCUCUUAACCUUGGGUACGUCUCUGAUUUACAGUCAAGCAUUUAAACACAGAGCCCCGACAUAUUCAUGCGACAUUCCCUACAGUCACUGUGCCAUUCCUCAGGCCUGGAUCAAUCAUCCAUCUGACAUGUGACACACGCAUGCCGCGUCUGUUUCUGUUGCUCUGGCUGUUAUGGGUGCUGAAGCAAAUUCACCCUUAGUGUUGUAAUGCACUGCAGUAAAUCACCAUUGGAAGACGCAGCAGUUAAAUCAGUGUGUAUGCAGCCUUCCUUUUACAGUACAUGAUAAUGUACUUUCUGUGAGAUGACAGAUUUCUGUGAGAUGACAGAUUUGUGUGAUAUGUUCUCUGCCAUGUACCACUGUGCCAUGAUGUGUUCUUCUUACAUUAUCCACCCAGUUUUUCUGUGUACAAUAAUGUUUUUAUUGUCAUUCAGAACAAUUUAAAAAGUGCCCUGUCAUCUUUAAUAUAUUUAACAACAUGCCAAAGAGCCUUACUAUUGCUCAGAGUCACACAGGGUUAUUGCCAUGUGUGUAUACUUCAUCAACAAACAUUGUUCCACUGCAAAAAAAAAAAAAAAAAGAAAAAAAGAAAAAGAAAAAGAAAAUGGUGCCCUAACCAAAGUAUGACUUCCUGUUUAGGUAAGUGCACUUUUUAACAAGUGGACACUCUGUAAGUGGAACCUAAACUCUGGUGCUGCUUACACCCUUUAUCCCAAUAAUAUUCUUACAACUCAAGAGAGUUAUUGCCACAACAUUAUGUUUCAGACUCAGUGUGACCAGAGCAGCAGAAAGGAGAUGCAGUAUAAUAGGCAUUAUGUACAAGGUGGUGGUCUGGUGGGUCCAACAAAAGCAAAACACAACCAGGAAAACUCUGUUUAGGUCCUGUGUGCAGUUAAAGGUCAGCCAUAAGGCAGCUGUAGCUCUGUAGUAGAACAGGUGUGUGCGAGUGAAUAGCUGCGUUUACAUGGACACAGAUAAUCGGAUUCGGAAUAAAAAUGCGUCAUGUAAACAUAUCGAUCGGAAGAUUUUGAUCCAAUUUGACACAAUCAGAAACUAAUUGAAUUCCGAUCGAGAGGGGUGUUUUAUGCCGAUUGUUAUAAACGCGUCCAUGUGAAUACUUAUUCCAAUCAUGACUGUCUUACCUGACUUGGUCUUCAUUCUGUAAACUUUGGCUUAUUUAUUGAGGCCAGUAAAAGAGGUUCCAUUAUUAAAAUUCUGGCAUAAAACACAACCGCAGGUGCCGUGUUUGCUCCUCCGGUAACAUAACGAGGCGUACAUACAGCGUAAUGAUGUCACAUCCGCACGCACAGUGCACCUUUUGACAGAGCAGUAAAAUAAGUAUGUAAGGGCGCCAUCUAGUGAGAAUAUUUAACAGAGGGUCAGUCCUAAACUGGAUGGAGUGAGCCACUGACGCGUUUGUUGGGUUGUUGACAGCACAGGCUUCCUCUGCGGUUGUUUUAGCGAAAUCAGACAGCUCUGCACAUGUCCAAAUGCUUCUAAUCUGAAUAAAGCUUGGUGCACCUAUAGGCACAUCAUGAUCGGAUGACUUGAUUUUGUACCCAUAUAAACAGUGGAUUCAGAUUAUUCGAUCCCUCAAAUUUUGAAUCGGUUCAAGAAAUUUUGCACAUGUAAAAAUGGCUAAUGGCUGAGAUUGAGAGUGUGAAAGUGUAUCGCUUACCAAGUUGUUAUGGAUGUGACUUACAUAUGCCACUUACAUGACAAUAUGUUGUAAACCCAAGUUCAUAAUUCAAAAGGUUGCAUUCCCUUACUGAUGCAAAGCAUGAUCUAAAAGUGUUUAUGAUGUUCAAAUCUCACUAAACUUCUUACUUCUGCAACCAUAACCUUCAGUUACACACAUGGUUAACACAUGUAGCCAUCUCUUCCCAGUUAUUCAUGACAGUUCUCUGUUUUCCUUUCAGGCCAUCAUGGAGGAGGCGGACCUGCUGAAGGAAAGGCUCCAGGCCAUCACAGUAAGGACUAGUCCCAUGUUCUGAAAAGAAAAGGGAGGAGACAGGCUUUCUCUGACCAAGCUGAAUUUGUUUUUCACCUGGAAAAAAGAUAUGCAAAUAGCUUCUUAUUGGUAGUAGACUUUUAUACAUUUCCUACUAUAAAAUAAACUGCAGGCUGGAUAUUCAGUACUGUGACGUAUUGCCUAAGCUGUUUGCCACGAUGCAGCAAUGAAUCAGGAGUUGUUUCCAUGCAGGGUCUGAAAAUAAAAACUGUGGGUGUGUAGUUGCAGGAAGGCAGAGACGAAGGAGAAAAUCUCAACGUUAUCACUGUAGAUGUGCAAGUCAGUUCCCCUGACAGAGUACAGGAAGGCAGGCAGCGCAGGUUUGAUCAAAUUCUAUUAACACAAUUCAAGACAUGAAAAGAUGAACUGGCAGAGACUUCAGAUAUAAUUGUGGAGAUGUGAAGUCAUUAUAACUAACCCGGGAAAAAAACAGACAAGUCUCUUUGGUAGAGGUCAGUGUGAUUCACCCUCUGUUCUUUCAUGUGAUAAUUUUCUUAGUCAGUCCCUUGAAUCUUUGAUGAGACUGAACUAGGGCUGUCAUGUUAUCAGAUUUCCACCUCAGGAUAACAUAGGCCUUAAAAAAAUCACAAUUAGGACACGCUCACAAGAUUUAUGUACAACUUUAGAAACAAAUAGGCUACUUAUCUUUGAUUUACUAUUAUUGUUUUUCAAUUCCAGAGACAAUGCAAGAUUUUAUUAAGGAGGCAGUGAUUUCAAGUCAUCCAGUAGUGACAGGAUUAUCGGUCAACCCGAAUCAACUUUGAAUUUAAGGUCUGCAGGCUCAUCAGAAACUGUCUGGAGGUUUAGAAAACAAACAAUUACAUGCGUUCUUUAUAUAAAGAAAAGUACUUCUAGUAUAUUAGUUCACAUUCCAGGUAUGAACAAUUUGAUAUGAGUUAGUACAUCAUAAAAUUUUUCCUCCUAGACAUUACACACAACCCUGAAACCCCGCUCAUCCAUUUUCCAAAGCUAGAAUACAAGCAUUACUAGUUACCAGAACAGUCAUUUAAUUAUAAGCCUCUAAUUAUGGUGGUACUAAUAGUCUCUGUGAAAUGGCUUUUAUGGUCCAGACAAUUCAGCGAACUCUCACCACUGUGUUUGUCAAAGUAAGACACAGACACAGACAGGGCCAUAAAUACCAGCACACGUCAUUAAGGAGAUCCCCUUUCACCGCGGCUUAGUGCCACACUGAUUCAAGAUCCAGGAGCUAUUUUUAGCCCACAGUGACCCCCAUCAGUAUGACAUCUAGGAACGCAGGGUGUGUUUGAUGGUGACUUAAUGGUUUAAGCCACUAAUCAGCAUGUUUGUCCGUGAUUAUCCAGGCAGGACAAAUAUGUGUUCAUUAUUCUCCAACUCUAAAUGUCUGGCUGACGGUCGAACUUCCUGUAUUGGAUUUUCUUCGCUAAAGGACAUGCUCAUUAACAGGGAAAGUUGUAGAGUUUGUGGUCAACAGGUGGACACACACAUGCAGACACACACACAGUGAAAACAGGUAGGUUGGGCCUGGUCGUGGGCAGCUAUUAAUGGCUGUUGGCGCCCAGCUGUCUGCUCAAGGUUGAAAUGUCAUCACAGGGAGACAACAGGUGGAAUAGUUUCCAUUCUGUGGAAUGUACAUAUGAUGCAAAUGUGUUUGUGAUUACCCCCCCUUCAGGAUAAAAGAAGAAUCCAGGAAAACAUCACCAUGAAGAGGAGACAGAUCGAAGAGGAGAAGUUAAAACUACAAUAUAUAAAGGUACCGAAUAUAUAAACAGAAAUAAGGCUAAUAUUCAGGGGGAAAUGCAAUAAAGCUGAUAAUCAAUAAGAAUGGUUCAAUAUCACAAUACAAUAACACAGUAGCUUAGCGCAGACGAGGAAGGCAUCUCUAACAGACCCUGAACCAGCUUUGUGAAGAAUCCCAGGAGGAAUUUUGGAUGAGUGGUUUGUGAUGCCCUCCUGUCUCAGAGCUAAUAACACGGGUUCAUCCUCCUAUUCAUUAUUGCUCUGGUACGAUCUUUGAAUCCUAAUUCAUCAACUAUCAGCUCAAGUCCCUCUGCAGAAAGCACAAUAUAACCUCUAAUAUUGUUCUUAUUCAGCCCACAGCUUUUCCUCUUUGACACAAAUGAAAGUUGAAAGUGUCAGCAUUUUCACUUACAAUAGCAAACAUUCAUUUGUCAGCUUCUAUUUCUGUUUGUAAGGGCAGAUUUUCUCAGCUUUUGAACCUUAACACUUCAGGAAGAGAAGACAGAAAGAAAGAGAUACUAGGCUUUGUAUUCUAAGUCUAUGUCUCCUGUUUAAGUUGGUACAAGCAAAGACAUUAUAAAGACAUUAUAGCCAUGGGACAGGGACAGUCCAAAGGUGACCAGAGGGUCUUUAUGUCUCAUAAAACUUCAGUUUGUGAUUUUAUUCAGAUUGAUUUUAGGAUCAAUUUUGUAACAUUUUGUUGUUAUUAAAAUUAAAAUGAGAAAUGUUAUAUUUGUUAAGGCCUCAGAUAGAUUAUCAAAAAUCAUAGACUGUAUAUACUAUGGACAAUUUGGUUCCGCCUCCCACCUGUAUACAGAUUUGAAGCCAAAAAGCUCUCUGUAUUUCCGGGAUUUUUUUUCAUUUCCUGAAACCAACAUUGCGCAGUAGCAUUGUACACAUUCGGCGGGAGAGUCGCUGUGAUGACGCUCGGCUCAAACAGCGUAUCCCCCGGGUGAGCUACGCAAUCCCUGAACGCCCAUAGGCUGUAUCAGGUGUCAGUCAUAGAAAACAUGAACCCCCUGAUAACUUUUAAAAACGGAGCUUCACAGAAAAAAGAGGACAAGUACAAACUAGUCUUACAAUAACUACAUGUCAACAUUGCAAGCAGGAGGGAGAAAAAUUUAUGUUCUGUGUAAUUAAUUUCUAAAGUUUGUCCACAGCUCCAUAAACUCUGCAGUCAAAGGCGGGAUUUAUGACCUAUACUGCAGCCCGUCAACAGAGGGUGCUGUUCUUGAAGUGGCUUCACCCAGCGAGGAGGCAGCCACUGUCCGUUCUAUAUACAGUCUAUGUCAAAAAUACAGUCACAUACUUGUUACAGAUUCCAAAUAACUUAAGCUUUGAUCAAUGGAACCAGUGACCACAUUGAUCCCAAUAUCAGACAACCUUAACAUCAACCUCUUGGUGACAAAAUGUUCAGGUGUGUUUUUAAAAAAACAUUUUGCUCUGUACAGAAAGCGAUUUAACGGAAAAUGAGUAUAUGACAGACACAUUAGAUAAAUUAAUGUCCUUUAAUUAAAAUGAUGUUUUCAGUAUCUUAAAAUGAAAUCAACUGGUUAGUGUGUAAGAGCAGCACCUGAAUAUUAGUACACAGAGAGAGCACAGAUUUAUGGUCCUAGAAUGAACUGCACUGGAGUAAUCAUUUCAAAACAGCUUUAACUUUUCUAUUUCUGUGUUGUGAGUGUACUUUUACAUUUGUCCAGCUGAUCAGCUGAUUGCAGAUACAUCCUCUGAUUGAGCAACAGAUCAAAACAAAGAUUACAGCCUCUGUUUUGCACGGUCAGCUUACAAUAGAAGUAAUACCACUUUAUGAAAUUUUUACAUAAAUCAUCACAGAUUACGCAGAUUAGAUCUAAAAAGUUUCUAAAAAUACAUGUGUCUCAUCUGUGGGAUUGAAAUGUCCCUGAAUAUCAGAAACAAAUGGACAAAGCCAGAAAAUUAUGAAAUGGAUUUUACAAUAAGAUGCUACAACACACUGUUCAGUAGUAUUAGAUGCUUUACAACAGCAUCAACACCACAAAGCUUGAUUACUAAACCCUGAUCAAAAUUGAGACCUCUUUUUUUUCAGACAGCUUUUAUUUGGGUCAAUACAUUAUUCAUAAUGAAUUACAUAAACACUGUAUUCAUGACUGUACAAAAACAACAUCGAUCUUGAACUACCUUAUGGGUGAACUGCUGAUAUCUUUAUUGAAACAUUUAUCUUCGACUGUGUCCUCCAACUUUACCUCUGUUACAACCUCAGUUAUGUGAAAGUCAAUAACAUAAAACUCAUCGUGUAGAAAGUCUGCAAACUACUCAUUGUUUUCACUAAAGUUGAAUUCACAGCCACUAAUGUGAGCACAUCCAGGACACUGACUGGGAUAAUUUAGUGGUGUAAUCUCACAGUGACAGUAAGAGCAGGACAACAUAAACCCUUGUACAAAUAUCAAUAAGGAAAUGGCUCUUUUGUUGAAUGUAUUUCUCCUGUAGCAUCCAUCUGGGCUCAGGGUUAAAGUUAAGAACUUUAACACAACUUUCAAACAUGACUUACAGUGAGAUGUAAAAGAAAAAAAGUUAUAAAAUGAUGCAAGCUGAUGAUCUCUGCACUUUUUAUAUGCCCUAUUUAUACAGUAUGUGUUUAUGGUGUGGGGGAACUUGGAGGACAUCUAGUGGAAAAGCUGGGAAUGACCAAUUUUGGGGAAACUGAAGACAAAUCAGCUCAUAAAUGCAAAUCAGACAUUGUGAAAUGAAAUCCUUACGUUGUUUGUUUUAGUUACCUGUGUGUUGGUGUGUUUGACUGGCAGAAAAAAGCCCUCAGGGAGCAGUGGCUGAUGGAUGGUCUGAGUCAGCAGUCGGAGGAGGAACAGGCGGCCCUGAAGCUUCAGGCUCAGGACGAGCAGCAGCAGAGCGAUCAGCUGCAGAGCAACAUUCUCAGGUAAAGUCCGCCUGGAAGAACCUGGAAACUGAAGUUAAACCCACACUGCAUCCCACACCGGGCACAACCUGUAGAGAGUUACAAAGCAAAGAAAUCAAGUAGGGGUCACAGACACAUUUAGAUCAGGGGUGCAGAAGAACCAAAAGAGUUCAGGAGAGACGCUUUGUCUUGAUAAAAAUAGGUAGCAGCAAAAGCAAAUGCAAGAUGAACAUCGCAGUUCCUCUGCCAAAAACUUCUCCCUGGACAAAUAAAUAAAUAAAUAAAUAACUUUUUCUUUUCUUCUCCUGGUUAGCCAGCAGAUGUUUCACCCCACUUAGCCCUCCUUCCUAAUGAUGGCACAAUCAAAGCUGAUGAUCAGGAACCAUUUGGAUGUACCAGAGGAAACUCCUUUUUUUCUGUUAAUCAUAUACAAAUAUCUGUUUAGCAGCAGUAAAUAUUUUAUUAAGGGUUGAUGAUACAGCUUUUAAAAAUGCCUUAUGUUGUUUACAUUUUAUUCUUUUGAGUGCUUCAAUCUUGCUCUUGUUACUCUCUAUCUUUAUUAUAACUCUCCUCAGGGUGGGAACAAUGAACCGGACAAAUGCAUCUGUAUAAGAUCACCUGUCAGACAUUGAAUGUAUAGGAUCUGUUUUUCUUUUCCUACGAUAUUAAACAGGCAGUUUUUUCCCCACUGAGCUAAAGUAGAUGUUCACUGUGCUAUGUGCAUCUAUAUAUUUCAGUAGAAUUCAUCAUAGACUGCUAUCUACAGGCAACCGUGUGCAAGUAAUUAUUCAGUCGGUUUAAAGAACUCUUGAGAUUUAUCAUUCCAGGUUAAAUUAUAUGGACUGUGAGUCUAAGGUGAAGCGAAACCUCUUUGAUUGGGGUGGCCAAACUGGGGCACGGGCUGUCCCAGGGGUAGUAUGGAGUAAACAUGAAUACAUUUAUUAACUUUGAGUCCCACCUUCUAUGUUCAGACCCACUCUCAUCCCAAUAACAACCACACAAGUGUAACACUUCGACCUUUAAGGACACUAAGAAGUUUAUGAAUUAAGCCUCAAGUUAAAGAGAAAGUGUUAUACAGUAUUUUGUGUAUUAAAAGAUUGUAUAGAUAGGUUUAUGGGAGAACGACAAGCAGCAUUUGUUGGAAGAUUUUCAAAAUUUUUAGGUCAGGGAGAAGGGAUACCCUGUCAUGAAUCAGAGUUAAACACAAAGGAAAGGGCCCAAAUGCAGAACAAAAAGUGAUUUAUUCAAAUUGAACUAAAUAAAAAGCAACAAAAAUUUACUUUAAAUGUCCAACGGAAAAAAACACAAGAGGCAAAAUCCAAAAGAACCAAAAAAAUCUUUACAGACUCACUGGGGACACAGGCAUACACUGAACUCGACAUAGACUCAUACAAUACAAUGAACCAACAAAGAAACAAGGGAAGACAAGGACUAUAUAUACACAGGGAAACGAGCAAUGAGAGGCAGGUGAGACACUGAGACACAGGUGCAGACAAUUACUAACUAACGAGGGAAAACUGAGGAAGUAAAACAAGACUAGAAACACAGGGAAUAAACUACUACAAAAUAAAACAGGAAACACUGAAAACUAAUAUAAAGAAUAAAAUACUGAGAACAUGAGGGAGACGAGGUCAGACACAAACUGAAAACUGACAGGACAGGAAUACAGGGGAACAGGAACAAUGGAGAACAGGAACACAGAAAAUAAACUCAGAUGACCAAAAACCAGGGGAAAACUAAAUACCUAAACAUAUCAUGACAUAACCAAGAACUGACCUGAACGAACAUGCACAUCAAGUAAAUGGGGUUAGUUGUUGUAGCUGGUUCAAAUAGGAUUUAUUAUGCUAAGUCAACAUCCCUCAUAUUAAGGGUACCCAAAGGUUGUGUUCUCUGGUCAAAUUUAAUUGGGAUAUAUUUUAAUUGAUAAUCAAAGUUGAUGUAAUUGUCUAAUCAAAACACAUGAAACUAUGUAAUCCAUAGUUAGAACAAUCAUUUCCACUCUGCUGUCUUUGUCUGCUGACAGAAUUUGAACCUUUUUGUUUCAACCUACUCCAGAGAAACUUCUCUGACUCUAAUAGUUUCCUCAGGGUUCACACAAAUGUCAGGGAGCACUUGGCAUGGUGCGCUUUAAACUUUCACUCGCUCACUGAUUGGCUUGUUCCUGUAAUCUCUAGGCUGUGUGUGCCCUGACAACAGGAGCAUGUGUGGAUUAGUACCAGACUGUUUCACCUGAACUCCAUGUGAGCGGCAUGUGUGUCACUCCAAGUCCAGACAGUUUAACUCUUUAUUACGUAAGAGAACUACAAAGGAUUAGUCUUUGUAAACAACAACACAUGCAAGCUUGAUACCUUCAUUCAAAGAAGUCACUACAUUGCUGUGAGGUACUUAUGCUGCAGAGUAUGACACACGUUUGCAGGGUUCAAUACAUUUACCGUGACUUUUCUGGAUAACAGCUACCCAUGAAAAAAUGUUAGAACUGUUAUUCAGGGAAGUAUGUAAUGCUUUUGGGAAUCAGGGGCCAAAAAAACACAAACAUAUCAGCUUUCUGGAUCCUUCCAUUCCCAUAUACACCAUAGACACUGUAUGACACAAGUUUUCAAGAUAUUUAUCUGCUGAGAACUUACCCUUUGUCUGGUUUUUAAGGAUCCCUGUUGUCUGUUGCUGUCAGAGGACUGAAUACUCACCCUGUUAGCUGAGCCCUCAGUGCUGCAAAUUGAGAUCUCUCUCUGCUGAGCUGAAUCAAAGCUGCAUUCCUAAAGUCACACAGGCAAUAUUAGGACAAAAUACCUGUCUUAAACAACCCAUCACCACACAGCCAGGAGGUCUGAAGUAAACCUUCUCCAUGAUUAAUGAUAAAUUCCCCUCUAAGUGCCCCGAGGCUGGCUAAAAUGGAAAGAUUACUGCUGAGCACAGAGAUAGACCGCAGAUCUUUAGACUUUUGCAGAAAUAAAGAGGUCUAUUGAGGGCUUAUUAUAAACCAUCAAGUCUGUAUAUGUCGCUACAACUUUUCAGUUCACAGCAAGACAUUUUCACUUGUAAAAUGGGGAAAAAAAACAAUGUAAGCAAACGCAGAAAUACUAUCUGUAAAAUCGAGUUUGAAGACAAAACACUGCAGAAGCUUUUGUGCUUGCUUUAUUAAAAAUCCACUCAGGUACUCUUUGUCUGUUUUUGUUGCUGCGAACUGCUGAGAAUGUUUUCUGUUGAAGUUCUUUGUCUUCAACAACAGUUUAUUUCUCUCUCCUACAGAAUAGAGAAGGAGAUUGAGGCCUUAGAAACAGAGGAGCUCAACAUCUCUGCCAAUGAGGAAGUAGUUCUGAAGCGGUUAAAAGAAGUGGAGAGGACGACUGAGGACAUUAUCAAGGUAGACUCAAAAACACUGAUAUUCUUUUCAUACCCCUCUUGCUUGCUUAAAUUUGAUUUCUUGCUGAAAACUUAUAUUAAUCUGCCACCUGCUUGAAAUCUUUGCAUCCAGAGUGCUUUGACUGACCUUCUCACAGUGAUGUUGAAUUAACUCUUUUUGUUACACCAUGUUUGCACAGGAAUAGGAUGUGGUAUAGGAUUGCUACUUUGAGAAAAUGAGUGAAAGUUGAACACACCCAGGAGUAAUUAAGAGUUUGUAAAAAGACAGUUAAAUCAUUUCAUCCACAACUGUGACGGUCAUCAUACAGCAGGCUGAACUUCAAGUUCUGGAUAAAAGUUUUUAAUGUGAUUGUACAUCUGUAUGUAACUACUGGGUUGUAUUUUUAGGGAUGGCAUUAAUACUAAUUCAUUCACAGUAACUUGCCGACUUUGGCAUAGGCUACUGUGAAUUCCAGUACACAAAGAAUGAACUAAACAUAAGCUUGUGUAUUCAUCUCUCAACAUGCAAUGUAUAACGAAUACAAUUAGGGCUGUCCCGAUAUGAUAUUGAUAUCCGAUAUCAGAUGUUGGAUAUCGGUCCGAUAUCAACAAAAAAAACGAAUAUCAGAUUGAAAACCUCUAAUAUCAGCACUCCGAUACAAGCAAUCCAUUCCAGACUCCGCUCCAGCACCUCUAUCUAGCAGCUCCCAGAUCCAGCAUGCAGAGCCCACGUGAUCACAACAACAGUGUGUACUAAGGUACAAACAAAAUAGCAAGUGAUGUCGGUCCUGCGGCAGUAUUUUUUGUUUAAGUCCGAAAAAGACAUUGCAGCUGAGCACAAAAUUUCUCAUAAACAAUUUUGUGCUAAUAUCCGAUCAGUAUCGUUAUCGGCCAAUAUUGAAAGCUACAAUAUCGGUAUUGUAUCAGAAGUUGUAUUGGGACACCCCUAAAUACAAUAUAAUAUACUAAUAUAUAGUAAUAUACUGUUUAAGGUCAGACCCUGACAUUUACUCUUUUUGGACAGCAGACCUAAAUCUAAAUCAGACAUUGUGAAAAAUAAGUUGCAGUACAUUGUUGAUACUAUUCCAUAUGAAUAUCGUAUUGUCGUCUAAUGAUUUAGAAAAUCCUGUGUCUGUGGGAUAUAACUAUGUACAACAGAUUAAUAAAUCUGUUAUCUCUAAUAAUAGAUUAUUAUCAUCAUGAGAGAUGGAGCAGAAACGCCUGUGUUGCUUUGAUUUAUAACCCUUGUUAAUAUCCGGUUCUGAAUUUGGGUAUCAUUGUUUUUCACUCACUCCAUGCUGCCUGUGGCUCUUCCUGUUUGUUUCUAACAAGAAGCGCUCCCAGUGGACUGUGUGGGUGUGAUUUGUUCACACCCACACGGCGAAUAAGGUGGCAGGUAAAUGGAUUGCUUAUGGUGGGCGUGCAAGGAUAAAGGAUAUGCAUGAUUUGCUUUUCUGGCUGCUUGGAAAGAACACAGCGUGAUAACUGUGACAUGAAUAUGACAAACUCUAUAUGAUGUGCUGAAGCCUAACAUCACUAAUCCAAGGCCCUGAUGUGAUUUAGACUCACUGCUUCUCUCGUCACUUCGACCCUCAACUUCUCUGUCUUCACAUUUAGGAGCUCUAUGCAGACUUCGAUGCAGGUAAACACUUUGAAAGCACUUCUUGUUUGUCUUGAUUACUGUGUUUAUAUUUUCUUCUAAUAAUUUUUGAUCCAGUAAUCAAAAAAUAGAGCUGUACUAACAGAGGGCUUUAUUAACAUAUACCUUUAAUAUGCUGAAUUAUUAGCAAAACAUAGACAUGAUUUUAAACCACUGAUCUAAAUCGUCAUUAACAUUCAUACGUUCUUUACAUCUAGUUAAAUGUACUGAUUUACUAACUCUUGUUUAACCAGUUCCUCAUGUAUAGGUCAAUUACUUAAAAAAAUAUUAUAUUGAUCUAAAAAUUUAUAUAUAUACUGUAUAUAUAGAAUAUUUUGCUAUAAAAAGAAUCAUUAUUUUGAGACACCAAAUUGUCUUGGCUUGUUUUUUUUAUUCUUAUUCCUCACCUUUUAAGCUUUAUUUUAAAUAUUUAACUAUUUUCCGGAGUUUUAUUGUUUAUAUUCUCCCCUCAGAUUCAACACAUCAUGUCCCCCUGCCAUGUCAAGAUUACCCAUCAGUCGUCCCUCUUACACCACCGAGAGCCUCUCGUUUUCAGGAGGCAGGUAGUGAGGAACCAAAGAAAGGUGCAUACAUUGUAUAACUCCUGCAUUUGCUGUAAAUAGUUCCUGCUUUGCUUGCUGAUCACACAGCUGUCAGGACAACAAGUUUAAAACAGGAUAAGAUAAGAUGAAAAGAUGAUAUUUUUUAAACUGUAGACAAGAAAUUAUAGAUGUUCGCCAGUUAUUUCACAGCGCCAUGGUUACACAAACAUCUAUUAUGUACUCUCAAGGCACGACAGUCUGCAUUUAGACUGGUGGUUCUAACUGAAAAUAUCUUCUUGAUCUAUUAUGUUGUUUCAAGAGCUGUGAAUUUCCAUUUCAUCAGGAUCCAAAUAAUAAAGCAGUGAUUUCACAGUGAUGGGAUCAGAAUGUUCCCAUGUCUGUGAUUUUGUUAGUUUGAUGCACUCUUUCGUCAUUAAUCAGGAGGAAAUAAGCCUCCUGAGAACUGCAACCUUAAAAAACACGUGCAGCUUUAUCUGCUCCGUGAAUUAUUUUGAUUAAACACUUCAUCUCUUAUUGAUGAGUGGAUGUUACGUGAAGCAUAGUCAGAGAGGAUCAGAUAUUCUAAUGAAAAUAUUCUUUUUAAGCCUGCAAAUGCAGUCUAAUAGAAAAUGACGCUUAUUUGAAUAUUAAUCACUGCAGUCUUUCCAAAUUCAGAUGUUGACAAAGUGGUGUUAAUACACAGUUUCUGAAGUUUGCUAUUGCAUCCAUUAGAGACAGAACAGAGCUUCUCUCAGUUUCAUAUUUUUGGAUGAUGCACGAAGAACCUUUCUACUAUGACAGUUUUAAAUUUUCCUCUUGGCAUGUUUUGACUUUGUUGUCAGGUGGAGUAGGAGUAGGAGUAAUUUGAAUCCCUUUACAGCUUUGAAACUCGAGGUGGUGUCUUCAAACCUCCUCUUCUUGUCGAGACAAACCAGAAUCCAAAACAACCAUGCAAAAUGUUAUAAUAUGUCAAAAUUUAAUGUACAAAACUUUGUGUAAUCAUUAUGCAAAAACCCUCAUCCAAGUAUUUCCCUUUUUUCCAGCCACAUUUGCGAUGGAAAUAAGUGUAGAGCAUGAUAAAAAGACUGGAAAAAGCCAGGUGGUCUCGACAGCAACAAUCACCCCAGAGACCCUCAAAGAGAGGGGAUUGAAGGUGUUCGACGAUGGCCGCAAGUCUGUUUAUGCACUCCACCCAGAGGGAGCUCAAACACCUAAUGGAGCUGUUGGAGAGAUGACAUCCAAAGAGGUAGAGGAGCUUCUGGAUAAGGCAGCAGAUAAGAACGUGCCAAGUGAGGUGCAGUACCAUCUGCCUGUCUACUCUGUCCCCUACACAGGGAACAGCAGGCCAUCAACACCCGGGACACCAUAUAAAACACAAAGGCUAACCCCUUUAUCGAGCCCCAGUCCUUCGUCCAUAAUUGGAAUGCAUGGAAAUCAAAGAAGCCUAGACCCAGAGGGGUGGAAAACCCCCAACAAAACACCGAGCCCCACUCUAAUCCAAAAGGACUCCAUGUUAAAAGAUCGUGGGGAAGAAAUCAAACUGCCCUACUCUAACUAUCGAGAACAAUCCAAUAAUGACACCCAUCUAAAUGUACAAGCACAUGUUGACACCAAAACUCCACAAGGACUAACCAAAAGCAAGACUGGAGCCAGCAGUCCAAACCCAGCAGCUCUAGUGUCAGUCAGAUCAAGAUCUGAAGGAACGCCAACACUCAUACAACCGGUCUACAUGGAUGUUGAUAACUGUAGUCCUUCACUUCCCAGGCACAGACCUGAAGUUGAUCCUGAUUUUUUAAGAGAGAGUCCAGGUGAUUUUAACAGAUACUCACCUUUUAGUGCAGAGAGCACCUCCUCUCUAAAUCUGGUCAAAACCCUGCCAGAAGAGCUCGAAUCACAACCCAUCACGAUGAUCUUCAUGGGCUAUGAGAAUGCUGACGAUGAGGAAGACGAAGACAUCCAGGCUGAGCUGGUAGUCAUUGGCAACAGUGAUGAUGAGGAUGAUGAUGAGAACCGGUAUGUUCAAAAUGAAAGUGAUGGGGAAGAGUGUCUCUCAUACCAUCCAGAGGGAUGCAGGAGCAAAGUCUUCCAAUCCAAAGUAGGUAUGGCCAAGGCUAGAGACUGCAGAGACGCUACCGAGGACGCCUACACAAACAAGUAUGAUUCAGGGCUUCACAAGCCAACUUUUAUCCACAAACCUGGAAAGCACAGCCCGUACCUGCAGGGACAAGAAGUGGAUGGAUCUGCGAACACAGGCAGCAUAAAUAUGGAGAAGAUGAAGCUCUGUUCAACAGGAAGAUAAGACAAAGCAUAAGUCAUCGCUGAGAAACUGGGUCGUUGAAUAAGGGAUGUUCGAGUAGAAUUCAGCUAUUCUGCUCCAGGUAUAUCCAUGCGUCAUAGGUUUGAACAUAUCCUGUGUGCUAAUGUAUCAUUUGAUGCAAAUCCAAAAACCUGCAACAAAUCUUCUCACUUCAUUUGGAGUCAAAAGCCUUGUUCCAAAAAGUCCUGAAUGCCAGCUGGCCUGGUCAGUGAAAGCUGUCUCUGUGCCGAGGUCAUUCAGAAAGCUGCGUUGCCACCUCCUGGCAAAUUGGUUCCAUUACACUGUCACUUCAAUGUUGCUCUGCCAAUUAAGUGCCAUUUUGAUAUUUUUGGUACCAUUAUCCUGUCUUUAUAUCUUCGUAUGAGGUUUUUGAGAUAUUUUAAGAUAUGUUUGGCAAAUAAAAUCACAGAGAAUUUUUUUUUUCAGUAUCUUAAGCUCAUCCAGUUUCAAAUAAUUUUUGUCUUUCAAGUCCAAAAAAAAUAAACAAACAAACAAAACGGCCAAAAAAAAAACAGACCUUGUGAUGAAUAACAAUUACUUUAGCAAACCCUAAAGUUUAAUUUAUAGUUUUAACUAACGUAUUUAAGUGAUUUUAGAGUAACAAGUCAUGUAGAUUGGAGCUUUUUAAUAAAUGUAAAUGUUAUUGAUAAACUGAUUUUGAUAUGGCUGAAGCACUUUCACAUAGUCACGCUGCACAGUGAUUCCAACAGAUUUGUUUCUUUUUGACAGAAUUAGACAAACUGAAUAUUUUCUUGGUAGUUGACAACAAAUUUAUGAACUUUUGUUCAAAUAAAAUUAGAUUCUUUUAUCUGUUUUUUCAACAGAUUUUGCUUAACCGUGUUUUGACUAAACUUAAAAUACCCCUGCACCCUUUUCAGACAAAAAAAUAUUGAUUAACAUCUCUGAAAUAAGUAAGACAGCUUGCUAUUAGUCAAUAUUUGUCAACUGAUGACUGCGUUAGAUUUUAUUUAGACUUUUGUGCUUGAAUGGGGAGCAAAGUGUUUUGACCUAACUCACGAAGGGAAGCCUGAAAUGGCAGAGUUUUCUAGGAAUGAGCAAGUCAAAAUUAUGAGUGGAGUUUCAUUUAUGUGAGGACUGAGUUGAUUACAUAGUAAGCAAAAAGUAUUAACCAUUAAGAAAGCCAUGUGCCUUACUUAAAGAACAGUCAACAAGUCUCUCUUUUCUUUAAAUCUUUUAUGUGAUUUUGUAAACUAAACCAUCCUGUGUGAUCAUAUUUCCUCUGGAAUAAAAAAGGUUUCCUCAUCAACAGUUGGUGAAAAUGUCGUUUUGUUAGUGGUGCCUGAUUGUUAAAGCACUAGUGGGGUUUUUAGCCAAGGUAUUAAACGCACCAAUAAGCUGAGGCCUCUGUAUGAAACUAAAAGAGAUCACCAGCAAUGACUGGAUGUUUCUAUGUUAUGUUCAACACCUGUAAAUGCUGCUGCUUUGUGGAUGUCAGACAAGGUGAUUUACAGGGUGAUGUGCUGCCAAAACAAAAAUGGGCAAUAACACCAAAGUCAUUAUCUUCUCUACGAUGAUGGUCAAUAGAUCUUUUGUGUAAGCUCUUCUCUGUCCGUAGCCAGGACAGCAGACUCGCUCUGACUCACGUCUGCACGGACGAAUGGACUGACAGCUGAAUUUUGCUCUUCUGUUCCUCUUGUAAAACACUUGUCCUUGGUUGCUGUCUCUUUCUCCCUGCAUCUCUCAGUGGCAUUAUGAGAACACGGAGGAGGGUGAAAAAAAGAGGUGGCACUGUAGACAUCUUGCUUGAAGAAUAGUUACAUAACAACAAUUUCUUACGUAAGACAAAAACCUGAAAAGUGAGAGACCCUGGGGCAGCCAUUGUAAUUACUGUCAAUGCAAAUGAAUGAAAUUCACAUUUCCUGGGAAAGUUUAUUCAAACGUUAGUGACUAUAUUUCACCCUCUCGCUCCAUGCAUUGAAAAGAAAAUGUUCUCCUUCAUUCAGUCGUAUAGCGGCCCAAAUUCACUCAGGUAUAGGUUUUAUUAGCUAGAGUCAGAGUUGUGCAUGUCCUCACUUAAACUGAGUCAAGUCUCCUCAUCAAUUAUUCAAGAUUUUGAACUAACUAAUAUUGAAUUUCCCUUCAGGGAUCAAUAAAGUUCUUCUUCUUCUUCUGAGUUAAAAGUUUUAAAUAAUAAUAAUUCAAAUGUUUUUCAGCUAUAUUGAGUUUCCUUUUUUCAGUAGCCUCCUAUGCUUUGAUCAUCAGCCCUAAUCCUUGUAAAUUUUUCUCAACCAAAUGAAUAACUGUGAGACCAAAAGAAUCACUGACAAGUAUGAAGUUAAAAAGGCGAUGAAAUCCCAUCUGAGUUUAUGUUUUAUCAAUUUAACAAUAUGCAAAAGAGGCACAGCUCAAAGCUGAUUCUCUGGCAUUCAUGCCCAACACUGGUAAGGGUGAUGGUAAAGUCUUGGUUAUGCUCAGUGAGUGCACAUACAUAACAUUAGAUGUUGGUAAAGACGCGACAUACACCUACUGAUCUUUAGUUUUCAAGUCACACACUUUAUCGCCCCAUUCGACCAUAAAAAACAUCUUAUUAUAUGCUUAUACUUCAGUGCUGUCUUUCUCCUGUGCGGGUGAGCCAAAGACAUUUUCCAACUCAGUGGACAAUAAAGAUUUAUUCUAUUCUUUUGCUCUGAGCUUCACCCACAAUGACUCAAAGGCAAUUGCAGUGAGUUAUAUCUCAACACUUGGACCUGCACCUGAAAACAUUCUUUCUGUCUCAGCUUAGAUUAAUAUUUCCACCUUGUUGGUUCUCUUAAAUCUCACAUAAAACAAGCAUAAAAAUGAAUGAAGCAGACACUGAUGCCAUUUUUCAUCAUUUCAAGAUUCGUCUAUUUUUCUUUCACUGCUGCAUAUUAAGUUGUGCAUUAAUUUAACAACACCAGACAAGGGGAAGAAAUAGAGAACUGACAAACAACAUUGUUCAUUUUUAUCUUCUUUUAAUGGUGGAGGAACUGCAAUGUUGAGUAAAGUUAGUGGUAUAUUUGGAUGGAGACUUGACAGAGAUGUCACAACAACAAGGAUGGAGUUUGGUAGUGGCAAGAUGCAUGUAUGAAAUUUCAGAGCUCAAUUCAAUGAUAAAUGAAUGAAUCGCUUUGUGAGGUUGUUCGGUUCUGUCGAAAGGUUUCUAUCUUCUGAACAAAACAUUCACACUCAUGACUCAUCAUUUUGAUUAGCUUACAUAUUUUGUUUAUAAAAAAAAGUCUCCACAUUUAAAAACAUUUUCUUCAUGCCAUCAUAACAGAAGUAGAGAACCUUUUCAUUGCCAUCACACAAAAAGUAGUCAUUGACCUCGUCUCGUCCUCUUGAAUAAACUCUCUGCAACACUCAAACUGCACAUUCAGGUAUUAGUUUAUAUCUGAGACAUCAGAUAGAGUCUUAUUCUGCUGUAGGAGAGGAUGUUGCUGUGAUUUGAUCAUCUUGUGGUUUAAAGGGAUAUUCUGGCGUAAAAUUAAGUUAGGGUCAGAUACACCAUAACACCAAGUUGGACACCCCCUCGAGAGAUGAACAUUGCCAACUGCUUGCUUUUCUAGUUAUACCAACUUUAGUAACGACCGCACAAUAGCAAUACGCAGCGGUCUCAGGAGCCAUAAACAAACCGAAACGCCACUCUAUAGCCCCAAAUAAUGCUCAGAACAACACCUAACUUCAUCAACAGUACAUACAUAUAGGGUCCCAGCCAUAAUACUAGCCACCAAACAUCUUUUUAGCUUUGUCUAAUUUCUCUAGCAAAAAGACUAAACACAACUCACCCACUCCCUUCCAGCAGCCGCUUGUUCGUAGCGAAACGUUGGGCCAAUCCAAUACAGACUACAGCGGGGUGGCACAGCUCAAGGAAGAACAUUUAUGAUCAUCAUUUGAUUUCUUCCCUAUCAUUUUUUCUGCCUUAGCGUCUUGGUCUGAUUGCAUUUCCAUGAAAAAAUUAUCAUAUAUGUUCUUCCUUGAGCUGCGUCACCCCACUGUAGUCCGUAAUGGACUUGCCUGAGGUCUCACUAUAAAAAAGUUGCUGCUGGAAGAGAGUAGGUGUCUCGUGUUCAGUCUCUUUGCCAAAGAAAUUAGUCAAAGUUAAAAGGAUGUUUGGUGGCUAGUAUUAUGGGACCCUAUAUGUACUGUUGAUGAAGUUAGGUGCUGUUCUGAGCAUUAUUUGGGGCUAUAGAGUGGCGUUUUGGUUGAGGUUUGUUUAUGGCUCCUCAGACCGCUGUGUAUUGCUAUUGUGCGGUCAUUACUAAAAUUGGUAUAACUAGAGAAGCAAGUGGUCGGCAACUUUCAUCUCUCAAGGGGGUGUCUAACUCGGUGUUACGGUGUGUUUGACCCAAGUUAAUUCUACGCUGGAAUAUCUCUUAAAAGCUGGAUAAGGAUUUGCAAACAUGUGUUGCAUUUUAUUAUCCCACCCAGUGGCAAGAAAAACUUUCUUUUAACAGGUAGAAACCUUGAGCAGGACCAGACUCAUGUAAGACAGUCAUCUACUGCUACUGCACAGGGUUUAGAGAAGGGUUAGAGGGAGAUGCAGAAAGAGAGCGAUGGACAGAGGAGAGAUUGAUGUAGUCAUGUAGUUAAAAGCUAUGCUGAAAAGGAGGCAGAUCCACAGCAGUAAAAAAUCUGCAGCAGUGAUUCAGAGGAAUCUGUGACAUGAUGGAGCUCUGGGACCCCCAGAGGGACUGUGUAUUAGUGAUAAUAAAGAGACAUUAUGAUUCAAAGUUAAGUUAUAGCAAAAUGUAAUGCUGUUUUGCCUGAGUGCCAUAACCUUAAAUGUAAUUAAAUAAAAGGUAAGAUGUAGUGUUUGGACACAGGAGAGGAUUCAAGGUUGUGUAGUUAAAGAAGUGUUUGAACCUGCAUGACGGAGAUCUGAAUGAUUCUGCCCACCAAAAUUUAGAGCAUAUGUUGGUGUUGCAAUUGCAAUUGCCAAAUUAGUUAACAGGUGUUUUUACAAAGUGUUUUCUUUUUUAAUCACAGUCCUAAUUAAAUCAAAUGCUUACGGUAGGCAUAACUUCAAAAGUGAACUACAGGGUUUUUAAGCUUCUUCAAAGAAAGUGUAAAACCAAGCAGGUUUCCAAAAUCAGCCACACUGUGGGAUUGAAUGCAUAUGAGCACAAGCUGAGCUCCUCUCAGCUUGAGUGUGUGUUUGUGAGAGAAAGCUCAUGUAUUGGCUGUCUCUAUUACACCCUCCUUCCACUUGCUGUCCAAUCAGAGGUAGCACCAGCCGGCAGAGCUGCCAGUAUGAGGCUGCACACAGAAACAGAGCAGAGCCCUCUGCAUUAGCCCGCCACACUGUCCAGGUAGGUCCAUUAACACACAAACACGCACACACACACGCAAGCAAAAGUUUGCAAAGAUUUUCCUUUGUGUCAGAGUAUGGAUCCAAAUGCAUUAUCUGCCGGGGCUGCUAAAAUGGAAAUCAUGUCAUGUGUUUAGUAUUGAUGUGGAUGGGGGGAUGCUGCAAGCCUCCAACCGGAGCAGAGUUAUUGGGUUGAUAAUAUGCUGUGUAUUGACUAACUGCAGUAGUCUGAAUGUGUGUUUAUCCGUGUGUGUGUGUGCGUGUUUUGCCUUCGGAGGGUGUGAAUAAGCUGUGAGGUUAAACUGUCCUUGUACGGAGUGGAUCACUGCUGAUCACGUCUGAUCUCACCUGGAUUCAUGUAGACAGCAUGAAUUUGUCCAGGUUUGUGGGUAUCACUGUGGCUCCAGGGUCAGGGACAAGAUGUUUCUGUAAGUUGCAAAAAGAAGCAUUUCAAGCUUGAUUUUUCUUUUUUGCAAUACAGUGUAAAUGCAGUGUGAUAAUCUACACAACACUCAAACUGAGAUUUUAAUAAUGAUGCAUGAAAAUUCAGCAGUUAAGGUUGUCAAGUAAAAAGUUAUCCUUUAAAAGCAGCAUUUAGACAUAUUCUGGUCUUCAGUAUUAUAAGGUGUGAUGGCAUACAGAGUGAAAGAAUCCAUGUGAGCUUGAAUUUGAAUGAAGCAUUACACAGGUCAUUAAGACAUUGCUGUUGCGUAAGUCGAUUUACAUCUGUAAAAUUCGACAUCAUAAUAGGUAUAAUCUUUCAACAUGGAUAACUUGGAGUUUUCUGGUUGAAUUAUUUUUUAAAUACAGAUGAAAAUAGAGAUUUUUCAGAUUUUUUAUCUCUAGUAUUUUGUAUGAAAAUGACCAAAGUAAGGAUCAUGUUAUUAUGUUUGUAAAAAUUUAUGACUUCCCUGCUCCACAUCUGGUUCUUAGCCACAACACUGACUUUACAAUAGAUCUUUUUUAAAAAUAGUUAAAUUCAAAAUCAGCUUGUCAUGGCAUUUUUUAGUACCUAUACUGAUUUUAUAAUAUAUAUGUAUAUUUACUCAUACAUACUAUUUAUUAGAAGUCUCACCUUGGUACUUAAUUAGUGUUUAAUUCAAUCUCUUAUCCCUUACUGUGUAAAAUGAUUGUGUACAACGGUGGUAUUAUAUGCUCUGUUCAGCCCGCAGCUGUCUUGCACAGUCGAUUGCAAUGAUUGCAUGUGAAUUCUGAGUGCAGAGGGAGAGAGCACAUAUUUUCAAGGCUCACAAGCAUGAAAUGAAAACUCUUAUUUGUGCGAGUGCUCCCAUGAAACUGCUACAAAGACCAAAAAACACACACAGGCACACAGCAAAUGGUGCGUCUCUAUCUCGCUGACAGAGUGGUGGUGUCCUUGUGAGUGAACUUCCUCUGAUGUCUCAUGUUUGUCUCAUCUGUUACAGUGUGAAUGCAGUCAGUGUGUGUUUCUUUAAAGGCUUGUUUGGGUCAUUGAGAUUCUUAUAAUAAAAUGAUAUUUUUCUUACUCAGUGUUUGUUGUUACAAAUACAGAGAGUCCAUAUGGUCCAUAUGUGAUGGGAUUAAUUCAGAAAGAUAUGUUUUUUUCUGCUCUAAGAUGAACAGUCUGUUAUUUUCUCUGAAGAGGACUUGAACUUUCAGUAAAUCUCAAAAGGGUGAAAGGAACACUUGUUGGAAAAUUUUACCUUCAACUAUUGUUACAUAAACUCUUAUACCCCUGAAAAGAUAGACACUUCAUUCCAAUGUCUUUCUUCUCUCAGGAACCAAACAUUUCACAUCUUAAUAAUUAAGACUUGAACUGCGUGAAUUUUGAGUCUGAAAAGCCUCCUGAGAAUCCUUGCACAUGUCCAGCCUCACAACUCCAACGUGACAUUUUAUGAAGGGCCAAACGUCUCAAAUGCUCCCCGCUGAGCUUAGAGAUUUAUUGUUUUCAAAAAAGUCGGCUUAAUUCAUUUGGUUCCUACUUUUCUUGAUUUAAAUGACACUCUCACAGAAGCAGUGGUUUUGGCAUUUUCCAUUUGGUAAACACAGACUCCAUGUGACUCACUUCAGCAGUUCAGGUGGCAUUAAAGCAGUGCUAUAAUAAUGAAUAACCUAAUCUCAUUAAAAGAGAGGAUUAACUCUCACUUCUGAUACAUCAUGACAGGGACAUCCAUUGCUUGAUUUCCUGUGUUUGAAUAAUCUGUCACUGUAGAGAUUUCAGCAUUAAGACUUUCACUCAACAUAUCAUUUUAAGAGAGCAGGAUUGGUUGGGGGGCCAAGAAACUUUAUAACACCGAGCUUAUUUUGCUAGAGUCAUUUAAAGACGUCUGUUUAGAGAUCUGAAUAGAUAAAAUUAAUGGAUUUUUUAAUGGUUCGGGGCAUUAUGACAGGCGUAUAUGAAAGUAAUUUGAGUUCCUAUACACCAUUUUUAUCACACAAGCUCAUGUCAAACAGCUUUUUUGUCUUUUGUGACCUUUGUAUGGUAGUUUUAUAACAAUCAAUAACAUGAAAUCAUGUUAGCAUUUAUGAUUGACGCACAACAUCCUCAAAUAGAAUCCCUUUUUUCUCUGAUUCGUGACAUCAACAAUAGCACUCUUGAUUUUUUAAUAGUCAUUGCUUUCAUGGCAUGGAUAGGACAUAGUCUUGAUUGGCAUCGGAACACAAUCUCUGUCUGUCAUUGGGAAACAGCCGGGGGAAGCAUCAUCACCACUCAGUCUCAUCUUAAUGACAGUUUUUUCAAUAUCUCGCUUGUGUGUGUUUGUACCAGUUGACCAUUGCAGUCACUCAGGAGGAGGUCAAACUUUGCUCUCACUCAGUUAUAACUCAGCAAUUCAUCAGGCAGAUGGGCAUUUAACCGUAGAUGUGUUAAUGUAGUUUUUUUUCUUUUUGUCCGUGUCAUUUGGAUGCUACUCUUUGGAUAUGAUUUCUUUAUGGAUGACCUACUCCAUGUUGGUGGUAGGUGAAGCUCAUUUUUACUGUGGGUUUUGUAAAAAACUGACAGCUAAAAUAGUCUAAUAACUUAAGUGAUUAUUUAAGUUGUUUCUGAAGUUUUUAAAUCUCAGUUUGCUACAUAAGCAAAAAACUUAGCUUGGAAUUAGUAUCAGGACACAUUUAAUCAGUACUGUUUGGAUGUGAAUACUGGUAUGAAAGGAAGAAAUCUAAAUCAUGCUGUAAGGACAAAAAAAGAAUCAGUGCUGGUUUAUAAAACUUUCCUUGCAAAGCUUUCAAAGAAGAUUUUAACUGUCAUUAAAACCAAAAAUAAUAGGAUGUAUGAUUAUUAAUGAUACCAAAACAAAUUUCUCUUUGCAGCGUUGUGCAGUCAAAUGCUUUAAAUAAAUAUAAUGAAAAUAAAGUUACCUUUACUGUGAAUUUAUUUUUAAGAGUAUAUUAAACAAAAAUAAUUCAUUUGAACACUUAACAUAGAACCACUUUUUCAUUAAUUCCUCGGCUUUUAAUACAUUUAAGUGUUAUUUUUUUAUGCUUUCAUCUUAGCACUUAGAAUGAGCCUGCUUAUAUAUUUAUUUAUUUAUUGCAUUUAUGUAUUUUGCUCGCUCUAUCUUGUUGUUUGCUUGUUUUAUUUGUUUUUAUGUCACAAUGUACAGCACUUUGGCUGACCCCGUGGUUCUUUUAAAUGUGCUAAAAAAAUACAGUUGAUUGAUUGAUUGAUUGAUUAAUUAAUUUUUUGUAACAUAACCUGACUAGUGGCGUGUUAUACCAGCGUUUAUUGCACUUUAUUCUGUUUGUUUGGGGUUUUUUUUUUUGUUUUUUGUUUUGUUUUGUUGUUUUUUUUGUUUUGUUUUUUUUUUUUCUCAGAUUUUUUCCAGAUUUUUUUUUUUUUUUUUUAUGACUGAAGCAAUUGUCUGUAGAAACCGUCUGGAACCAGCGAUUUGUAGAGAAUCCAGGAUCCAUUCAGAGAAUUUCUUUUCACAAAGCUGCAAAAGAUGAAAUGCAAUCAUCACACCAGGCCGUGUCUCAACAAAGCGAAAAAAAAAGUACAUUUCAUUAAAAUUUGAAGGUCCAGUCAAUGAAAUAAUCAUCCAGAUUCAAUGUCUGUCCUUGAAUCUCUGUGCUUUCACUUCAAUUACACACACACACACACACACACACACACACACACACACACACACACACACACACACACACACACACACACACACACAUAUAUUCGAUUAACAGCCAAUCCAUGAAGAACCGGCUCCAUUUUUUUAUUCACUGCGCCCAAUCACCAAUCACAUUUAGCAGUCUGCUGAUGAGAUGGUGUGGGGGAGGUGGAGGAGGCAACAGCUGAGUGGUGUCAGGCAUGUUGAUGGUUGCCAUGGAGCCCAGUCUGUCGCAUGCACGUGUCAUUGUGGGCGUUCGUGUUUGAAUGUGUGUAUGCUUUUGAAAUUUUAACUGGCAAAAAAAGCAAAAUUGAUAUUCCUGUCACUCAUUUAUGUCCGCUAGUCAAAAGGCGAAUCAGUAAGGAAGAAAUGAUGAAUUAUUCUUGAUGUAUGGAGGCAGGGUGGGAUCAAAUUAGAGGUGCUUCUUCUCACUCCUUUUAAAGUAUGUAAGUGUUCCUGUAUUUCUUUUAGUUCAUUUCAGUUUGAUUCAAGGUCUUUUCAAGAUUUUUUUAAUAUUCAUCUGCUAGUUUAAGAACAGAAAAUCAAUCAUAAGCAGAUUAUUUAACUUGGCUGCUACAUGGUCUAAACUCAGGUCAGUCACUAGGAUCACCAUCACCUUAUACAGGCCACAUUUUUGGAAAAUUGAAGUCCCUGCAAACCUCCCUCGGUCAUGGUCCUCAGAGCUUUAUGAAGAUUUUUUUCUACAGUUUUAACUUUUAACACCAUUUCUAUCACAGUGAAGGUAUUUAAUAAAGAGGACACACACAUGUCAUUGCAUAAGGUCUAAAGACACCAGUAAACAUUUACUGUAUUUACAUUCAUCCAUUUAUGCUCUUGCGGUGACAUACUGCAAGGCUUCAUCUGUGAACAGAAAAGAAAUCGUAGAAAUCUUGGGUCGAUAAUAUUUUUCUAAUGAGAAACAAAAGGUACUUUUCUCAUCUUGCUUUGCUUUGGUUACAUGUUCAUACCAUCUCAUAAUCUACUUAUAUUUUAAUAUUUUCACAUUUGUCUCUGUAGAUACAUAAUUUAAUUGUAUCUAAUGCAAUGAAUGAACAGAUGAUGGUUGUGCUUGUAUACAAAAACAUACCAUUGUGAUCUUUUAAAUACGGCUGUAGUUGGAUUCAGGACCUUUGCUUGUCCGAGUUUUAUAACUUGACGAUGUUGGUGCUAUCUUUGACUUGCACUGUGAUGAUGCUUAUGUUUUACCCAGAUAAAAUGUCGUAUUUCUUAUUCACAUUUCUGUAUUUCUUUAAAAAACAAGAAACAGUACAAUACUGCCUUAAAAUUUAAGAACUAAAAAUUUUACAAGAUGACUGGGACACAGAGACACUCUCAGCGUUUCCUUUUCUUCUCUUGUUCAUAUCCUCAGUGAUGUGGGAGAAAUUAAUCUUAUGGCAGAGCUGACUGCACUGUCACUGAGGAUGGUGGAGGUUUGAAAAAUGUCCUGUGCUAUAAACUCUGUCAGCAUAGUCAGUGGAGUAUUCUGCGAUGUCUUCUUCUGCUUUAAUUAUUCACAAAAUAAGACGAGUGAAAAGAUUUGGGGGUUGUUUGAAUCUUGUUACAACUGGAGCUUCAACAGUAUUUCCCGUCCCUGGUGAGUCUCCACUUGUUCACAUCAUCCAAAACAAGAAUGUGCCAACUGUGAAUGUUCUGCAGAGAGAUGGUGAGAAAGCAGAAGCCUAAAGGAUUAAAAACUUGGUAGAAAGUGAACAGGGACUGGCAGUGGUAGAUUAUUUGGAGUCAGCAACCGUUGGUAUCCUGUUAAAUACACUGAGCUUUGGAGUGAAAGAGCCCGCAGGCCCUGGUGAGCUGCCAGGCCCAACAAUUGGCAGCAGGAGAGCAUGACAUCAGCGGCAGGAUGAGGUGGCUCCAGGCAGAUCCCUCCAACACAGGUACAAAAUAACAAUAUGAUAUUUCUGGCCCUGAAUAAUGAUUAUUCAUUAAUUAGUCUGCUCUCCUAUUGCUGGCCAUUUGUUUUUUGGCUUGCCUUUAACAGCAGGGUUCAGGCCAUGUUGAUGCAUUGGCAUUCAGUACUUUUGAUGCAUUGUAGGUUGAAGUUUGCCAGUGAAAACAACUCCUAUAUCUAUCGUAAGAGACAACCAAACUAACCUUAUCACCAAAGAACAGACGUAUAUAUCCAAUCUUAACAGGAUGAACACAGGAAAUAAAGAUUCAUGGUGUCCUGGUGGGUCAAAUCACACUAUAAGGGUAAAAUGGAGACAUGAAAACUUGAUUGGUGAGCUGUUAAAAACUUAACUACACUCCCACCAUGGAAGCUACACUACUUUGGCGACAGUGAUGCUAAUGAUUUUUUUGGUCCUAAUAAAUGGUAAUUGUAUAUUGUGCUUUUUCCGGUCUCUUGGCACAGCAAAAGGGUGUUAUGCAAUUAAAUAUCCUUGGCAUGUGGACAGCAGGAAAAAAAAAAAAAAAAACACAAAAUUAUAAAACCAACAAAAAUUGUCCUCCCAGUGAGUACUAUGAGUAUACAAAGCUUAAUACACAUCAUGUUGCUAUAUAUUGUCAAAACUACCAAAAUAUGACACUUCAUGUUUAGUGGCGUAUGCUGUCAGCACCGUACAUGGCUGAGUUUUUAAUUCCAGCCGCCCUGAAGCAAUAAAUUCUCAAUAGUUGAACAAUACUGAUGGUGGAGGACUCUUGAGUGUUAACACAGUCCCCUUCUUUGUGUAAGAUUUGAAACAGAAAUGUGACAGUCUACAGCUUUUCAGAGAAAUAACUAGACCUCUGUUUCCUGCUUAAAAAGUUUUGAAGAAGUGCAUCUUUAGUAAGCGCCAAUAAGGGUAAAAAUUAUACACAGUAUUGGGACUUUUAGUUUCCUUAGUGAAAGAAAGAGGGGUCCUGUCUUUUUGAAUAAGGUUGUAAGUUCAGUAAAAUUACGGUUUCAUUCAGUAAAUGGCUAUUUGUUAAUUAGUAUCUCUGUAAUACGCAACAUUUGCAUACUCAUUUUCUUUUCAUGCUCAGAUAAAUGAUUCAUUAAUCUUUGCUCGGUAUGGAUGAGUGAGUCAUGGAGUGUGUCUUCCGAUGUAAAAUUUAAGUAAUAAACUCGCCGUUGAUUUUUCUCAUUGUGUCUUGUAAGAGUCGUUUAUUCUUUAAGUAUUUGUGUGCAUGUGUGAAUAUAGGAAUUGAGGGACAUAGCCUGUCAUCUUCUGAGGACAGUCUAGGAGUGUGUAGGAGGCAGACCCAUCCCCGCAGUCUUACAUAAGAACAGAUAUAAUGCUUUCUCAUUCAGCUGCUUUUGAUGUGCUUCCUCUCCUUCUGCACAUAACCCACUUAGGGAAACAUUAGCUCUGCACAGCAAGCUCACACAGCAUAGCCUCACAUACACAUCCCAACACAAGGACACCCACACAUGCACCACCAGGGUUGUCAUUAUCAACCCCACUCUCUUCACAGAUAUCAUCCAAAACUCUUCCCCUUCUGGGUGCAGAACAUUUAAGUGCUAUCCAUGGACAAAUUCAUGCGUUUCUUCCACUUGGGGACUUGUUGAUGAGUUUUUGCCAAAGUCUCAUUGGUGUGAUUGCAUUCACAAUAACAUCCUGAAGUGUAACUGCACUGGUCUAGUGUUCUUGUCUGUGGUGUUGAUGACAGCACUAAAGGUGAUGAUCAUAGUAAAAGCAUUUCUUAUUUACUUGUGAUGUAUUUUUUUCACCAUUCGCAUGUCUAAUCAAGAUAUGACUAACUAAUCUCUGCAGUGUGUUGGCUGUCUCAGUGUUAAACAAUUUCUUGAAAAACUCAAAUGAUGAUUAAUGAGAUUUAAUUCGGCUUGACAAUGUCUGAGGGAACAUUCAAUCAAUCAAUCAAACUCGACUCGAAGUGUGCUAAAGCGACAGAAAAUGUGACAUUCAAAUAGAAAGAAAAACACCAUAUAUUGAUCAAGAAAAUCCAACAAUGAACUCAACAUCAGAAAUAAGUGAGAAAGGAACAAGUGGAGCACAAUGCAGAUAAUGCCAGGGUGAAAUAAGGAUAUCAUGACAAUGCCUGUAUUUGGCACCAUGCACAGGAAACCCAAACUCAGCAGGGAUCAAAGCAGAUGGACAAACUUACAAUUUCUGUUCUGCCUCACGAAAAAAAAUGAAUUUCCCUUUUCCUUAUUCUCUUUUUUUCUCAGAAAGCUACCUCGGUGGAUAGAGAGGCUGAUGGAAAAGAACUGAACGAAGGUUGCAGCACAACUGAGAAUCACAAGUCCUUCUCUGUCACCAUGGAAACCACUGAACAAUCAGAGCAAGCAAUGGACUGUGAAGUGGAGGUUGCUGUGGCUGAUUCACCUGAGCUGGGGAAGGAUUUUAGUGCUAAUGAUUUCCAAGUUUGUUUAGAGACAGAGUCCUCAGAUCCCCCCGGGGAAGAGGCAGUGCUUGAAAAAUUAUUAACUGACCCUCCAGGUGAAACAGGUUUUACUGAAAAGCCUGACUGCUCUCAGACCAAUGUUUGCACUGAAAUGCCUUACCAGGAUCAAAAAGAAGCUCUUAUACUAGAACAGGAACACGAGGAGCUCAACAGGAAUGAGUCCAUCAAUUCAUCUGUGUCUGAUACACUCUCCAGUGCCGACAGUGUGUAUGAGAACGAGGCACAUCGUAAGAGGCAGGACACACCAGAGCAAGAUCCCGAACAGGGACAAGACCAGGGGCCGGAACACCAUCCCGAGCCAGCACAAGAUCCUGAAUCAGAGCAAUACAAUGAGUCAGAACAACACCCUGUACCACAGCAAUAUGAUGAACCGGAACAGCACCCUGAACCAGAGCAAUACGAUCUGCCAGAACCAUACCCUGAUUCAGAGCAAUACCCUGACCCAGAAGAAGAUCUCGGGCUUGGUCUCUACCCUGAGCCUGAAAAAGACCCGGAAGUUGACCAGUACAAAGACCACUACCUUGAUCUGGAGUUAUACCCAGAGCCAGAGUUUGACGACAAUGAUAAUGACCUCAAUCCAGAAGUUUACGACUAUCAAAAUUUAGCAAUAGAAGCAGAAGAAGAACCUGAAGUCAGUGACAUCCAGUUUGGACAAACCAUUCAUGAAGAGUCCAUAUUAGAGCAGUGCAUUCGAGAGGAAGUGAUGUCAGAUGUGUCCAACGAGUCUUGCCAUGCCCUCGACCCUGAUGAAAUGGAUGAGUGUUUGAGAGUCGAGAUUGCAGCAGCUUCCUCUGAUAGUGAGACCGAUGAAAAAUGGAGAUCAAUAUUCUCCUCUUCGAUAAACAAAGAGGAUGAUGACUCCUAUUUAGAUAGUCUUCAGCUCAGUGCCCAGGACCUCUUUGUACAGAAAGUUGAGGUGACCGACUCGGAGGAGCAAGACAAUGCAACCUUUGAAGAGGUCAGCUUUCAGGUCCCUCAAGUGGAAGAAGUCCUGGAACAACCUGAAGAAGUUAUUACCUUUCCCAUUCCUCCACAAGAGGUGAAAUAUAACCCCUUGAAUCUGCAAGGCUUAUCCAAAAUCUCAGAAGACGACAAUGAAAACGGCAAAGAUGUCAAUCUGAAUCCUGCCAACCACCAACAGCAGAUUAAUUCAGAACCAGACAAGAAGCUUCCCAAAGACUUCUGUGUUAUACAGGAGACUAAGAGUGAGAAUGUCAGCACAGAGCAUGUGGAUUUCCAGCUGGCUCGUAAACAGUGGAGGGAAAUGGAGGAGCAAACCAGGAACAAGAUUGUGUUACCUACAACCAAACAUCACAGCUUCCACGGCAGCCAUAGCUUCAUGUACACACCAGUCCGCAACAUUGAAAGAACCCAGAAGAAGACACAUGAUCUGGAUAACUUGAAUCUGAUCGGGGAUUACCCUCACACCCAAUUUAGCCCUUGCUCAGAGGAUUCAGGGCUAGAGGAUUGUAGUUACAGGUCCCCUUGUGAUGACCCAGAAACCCCAGUUGAAAGGGAGAUCCGCAUAUCAAUGGAGAGGGAGGAACACUUCAGGAGAGAGAGGGGCUUCUCCAGGAUGGGUAAAUCAGCUGAUUGCACCUCAUCACGAGGUAUCCCCAGAUCAAUGAGCACUCCACUCACACCGUCAUUCAUCAUCACCUCUUCACCCACCAAGGAACCCCUGAAACAUGAUGUGUCAGCAAACAGCGUCAUAAUUCUCGACCCUAGCAACGAUUUAACAUCCAGCCCCAGGCACAGCAAAGACAACAUGGCAGCUCGGACCGGUGAGUGGCGAUCCGAAGACAACAGCUCCAACCUUAUUAUCCUUGAGACAUCCAACCUGAUCAUUCGCAGUGCCUCUGAGUUCUCCCUUAACAAAUCCUGUGAGCAGCCACAGGAAAAGAUGUUUCUGAACAAUCCCUUUUUCAAGCUGCGUUCAAGAAGCACACUAUCCCUGGUUGAUGAAGAGAUUAAGAUGGUCAAGCAGAGGGAGGAAGAGCUGAGGAAAGAGAGAGCCAAUCUGUAUGGCAAAGAUGGAUGCAGUACGGAAAAGAUGCUGACAGGUCAAAAGGACACUUUGACAUUUGACAAUUCAGGUAUGACAUGAAAAUGCAAACUUUUGGAAAAUUAAUCUUUUACAGCACUUUGUUGUGACCUUUUCCCCUCUAUUUUUGAAAGCUUAUAUUGUUGUUUGUUUUUUGUCUUGUUAGUUGAGGUACCAAUGAAGUGCAAGUCCUCUCCGUCAUCACCAAUGAGAACAGCCUACAGGAUGGACCGCUCUGCUCUAUCCUGUGACCACAGAGUAAGCCCGAGCUGAGUUUUCUUACACUCAUGAUGACUAUUUAUUUGAUAUGCACCAUGCUUUGAGUAUAGGAAUCAUUUAUUUAAGUGGGGUUAUAUAAGGUACUUGUCAACAGUAGUUGUAUCACUCAGAGGGGAUUGCAGUCAGCUUAGCCCCUUUGUUAAGAACGUGACCUUAAAGGGAUAUUUCAGCAUAAAUUUAAGUUAUGGUCAAACACACCGUGACACCGAGUUAGACCCCCCCUCAGGAGAUGAAUGUUGCUGACCGCUUGCUUUCCUAGUUAUACCAACUUCAGCAACACCCGCACGAUAGCAAUAUACAGCGGUCUACUUUUCCACAUGCAAACUUCAACCAAAAAGCCACUCUAUAGCCACAAAUAAUGCUCAGAACAGCAUCUAACUUCAUCAAAAGUGCUAAUAAGGCCCCAGCCAUAGUACUAGCCACCAAACAUCUUUUUAGCUUUGCCUGGUUUCUUUAGUAAAGACACCAAACACAACUCACCUACUCUCCUCCAGCAGCCGCUUGUUUGUUGGGGGAGCCCUGACAAAUCAAUCAAUCACAGAGUGCAGCGGAGUUUUGCAGCUUAAGGAAGAACAUUUAUCAUCAUUACUUCAUGAAAAUGCAAUCAGAGUUCUUGUGCAUCUUGUAUGUGCACUGCAGAUGCAGUAGUUCUUUUGCCUUAGUGUCCCGGUCAGAUUGCAUUUCCAUUAAGUAAUAAUCAUAAAUUUUCCACUGCACUGGGUGACAAGAGUCCUGUAUUAUUUGGCCUGUAGUAUUUUUGUCUUUUUUCAAGCCCUUGAACCCCACUGGCUGAUAGAUGUACUGCAGGUAGAAGAUCACACCUGUGUCCCAUCCUCAGUUAGUGCUACUACCGCUGGGCUUUAUGACAUCAAAGUAAAACACUGACAAUUCUCCAAAUAGACUGUACAAAUAUACUUACAUCAGAGUUUUGGUUGGAAUUUGUCAGAAUUAGCUGAUAGAGCUGAUCCCAUUCAGUAGCCUGGCUUCUGUUCUGGUUCUCCCACCACUUUCCAAUCCCCUGCGCCCUGUACACUUACUAUUGACAAAUACCUCGUACAACUUUACUUAAAAAAAAGCUGUUUUUUUUUUUUUAAAGAAACAGUGCUGGUAAUUUAAACACUUGUCUUGUACUCCAUCCUUUUGGAUUCUCCCAGGGAUUAUUUACAGGAAAAAGAAGAGAUUUUGGCUAAAUAUACCCUAUCUAUUUAGAAAAGUACAAUAAUCAUAAAAACUAAUUUGCUUAUCCUACCUCCAGUCUAAUAACCUGAGAGAGGAGAUGGAGGUGGAGGAGGUGGAGGAAAUACUUUGAAAGAAGGUAAACUUUCAGCUCUCUUGCUCAGUUUCCAGAGGCCUACACUGGAGGAAGACGCAAGAGUGCCAUGGCUUUGCGCUGGGAGGCGGGCGAGUUUACAAAAAACAACUGAGGAGGAAGUCAAAGGCAUUCAUUUUAAGUGUUAUACUCGUUCAAAUUAGAUGCAGCAUUUCAAUUGUUUGUUCAUGUUGUGAAAAUACUUUAACUCUCUGCUUCUGUGAUGUUUUGGGCAUAACUAGCAAGGCAUUGAGAAUGUUUUUGGGCAAGUCAGGUUGGAUAAAGUCCAAAUACAACUGAGAGCCACAGAAUAAUGCUUUCUACUCACAUCAUCAUUGACCCUGGGUAAUAUUUGGCUAUGGUCAAAGGGUGUGCUGUAUUUUUACACCAGCUUGGCUCUGUCUAGUCCUUUUCACCUCUGAAUCAACAAACACAGCAAGAUGGUUUCUGACCAAGAUGGCCGUUGGUUUUAGCUCUUAAAUUGAACUUCUACUUCUUGUUAAAAAAACAAACGCAGUGUUGCUUAAUUCAACAACUGUUAAGGACAGUGCCAACAUAGUUUUUACAUUUUUAAUAACAUCAGUAUUAACACCAUAAUUUUGAACCAGCGAAAGCAGUGAUUAUAUUUAAUAAGCUAUUUCUCUAAUAUUGGCGCAGGUAUCAAAAAUAAUGCACUGUGCAAGGUCAACAAUUUAUGUCAUGAAAUACCUUUCACACUGCGCUAAUCCUGGAAAAAUCUGCUUUGCCUUUAAAGGAGUGCUUAAGAGGUAUAAUCCAGAGGCACAGUAUCUACAAAACUGCCUCUGACAAAACUGAUUUUUUAAAGAAUUAUUCUCUAAUAUCUUCUUUGGCUUUUUUUUUUUUUAAAUGCAAAAGUGUUGAAAAAAAAAGCCUUAUCUCAGUGUUUUCCUACAGUGCUCACAUGUCUUAUGUGCCCUUGAAAGAUAUAGGUUGCUAUAAUUAGGACAUUGACUUGGAUGCAUGGCUCGGUAAUCAAAUGCAGGUUUGGUGCCACUAUUACACUUUCUGGAUUAUUGCAUCUGUCUCAGUCUGAAGUCUGUUUCCCAGUCUUCUGGCUUUUUGUAUAAAUCUGUCGGUACUACACAGAUAAUGGCUGAUAUUUGGACAAGCGUUUGGUUGAGAUUAGAGCUACAUUUACACAUUUCUGUCUCAAAAAAAAAAAAGCUUUAAAACAUCUUAUCAAUUAUAGUGGAUUUUGACUAUUGACUGUUUUCACUAAAAAAAGAAACAAUUGUUCCUUUUUUGGAGCAAACUUGGAGGCGACAACAACAAAUCUGACUGCAACCUGACUUCAACAACACUAGUUUGAUGUGGCCCAGGGAAAAAAAACACUGACAGGACAAUUCCCCAUUUAGCUCCAGCUGCAUAUUUGAAUGUAUUUCCACACAGAAGGGAAGUCUCCAGUUCGAUGGGAUUUCUAAUUUUAUCAGUAUGGGCAAUAAGAGUGAAAAAAAAAACAACAAAUAACUCUUUCACGUUUGACAUGUGACUGUGGUAUAAAUGAGGAAAAACUGAACCUACUAUAUACAUAAAGCUGAGAGUUAACAACUUUUUUGACAGAUUUGCUGAGAUGCCUGAUUAUUAGAUACAUGUAUUGUUUAGUCAACUCUUUGCUAAACUUUUUUCGUCGUAAUAAAUGUAAAUCAAAUUUUAAAAACAUAUUUUGAUGUUGCUGUAUGUCUUGAGAAAGCAAAAGAAACAUUGCUCGAUGUAUAGUAAUUGUAUUUUCAUACAAUGCUUUUUUGCUGCAAACUUAUUUCAGGGUGAGCUGGAUGAAAAAAAAAAAAAACAGCACAGUUAACUAAAUAUUUUAUUAUAAGACCCUAUCCUUGGAAGACAUAUUUAUUACUACUCAGCUGGUAAAUAUAAAGUUUUAGAGAGAAUAAUAAUAAAUGCAUAUAAGCACAGUUCACUUUGAAUUAUAGGUCAUCCUCUGGGUAAUGUAGAAUUUUUUGAGUUUUCUGUUCAAACCAACUCUACACUGUUCUCCAUGAUCUACUCUCCAAACUCUACAGCAUCAGCUGACAGCACUGUGGAAGUGCUUAAAACUACAGGACCUAAUGAAUAUCCAGUCUAAGAUCAGUUCUAUGGAAAUUACAGAAAAUGAACUUUUUCCACUUUUUAAUACAACAGCAUUAAAAUGAAGAGUAGGGCUACAGCAUAGUCACAUUAACUUUGUGUUAAUGUCCAAUAAAAUCUUGACUUUAUUGUCAAAGACUAAGCAUGUACAUCUGUUUUUUUUAUGUAUGAGGGUGUUUCUGUUAAAGCACUUUUCUUAUUUGUUUAUUUACUUUGAAGCUAAUGAACAAUUUUUAAAAACAAGAUUCUUAAACCGAAGCAAUUGUAUCUGCUGAUUUUAAAGAACUGUUCAAUGUCAGCCAUCAGUGCACAGCCUUUAUAUUUCCAGCUACUCUGAAAAGGAGCUUGUCAGAGCUUGAUACUUCCUUGACCUUAGUCAAAUUAUCUUAAACCGCAGUGUUUUACUCUUCAUGUUUGUACGCUUAAUUGUUAAUGUAAAGCUUACAAAUCUCAACAAUAGCUUGCUGAUGUUCAAACAUUCUGUCCAAAUCCCCUACCAUGGCUUUUGGGGGGCUCACUGGGCUCUUUAUGAUUUCAUUUGUUGGGGCUUUUUACUUUUUAUUCCUUAUGCAACUAUUGGAAAAAAAAAGAAGAAAAAAAAAGGUGUGCGCAACAAUAAACAAUGUAUACAAGAAAUGUUUGG